AUGUCAAGCAAAGGGCCGAAACGGCGCUCCAUGGGGCAGCUCGCCCGCAAGGAGGCGAUUGACGGAUACCUGUUUGCACUCCCCGGCUUGCUGGGACUGUUGCUGUUCAUCCUGGGGCCUCUGCUCGCGUCCCUCGUGCUGAGUCUGCAUCGGUAUACCGUCUUCAGCCCGCCGGAGUGGUUGGGACUGGACAACUACGUUCGCUUGUUCACCGACGACCAUCUGUUCUGGAAGUCGCUCUACAACACCUUCUACUACGGUGUGCUCAGCGUUCCUCUGGGAAUGGCAUGCGCGCUGUUCUGUGCGCUGGUCCUCAAUCACCGCCUGCUGUUUCUGAAGCGGAUCUUCCGCACCGUGUACUUCCUUCCGGCGGUCACCUCCGGCGUGGCUGUGGCAUUCCUCUGGCUCAGUAUUCUCGAUCCGUCAUACGGCUAUAUCAACCUGUUCAUCGAGUGGCUCGGGUUUCCGGGGCCGCUCUGGCUGCAGAGCGAGAUAUGGUCGAAACCGGGGAUCGUUCUUAUGUCGGUCUGGGCGGUCGGCCACAACAUCGUCAUCUAUGUCGCUGCACUACAGGGCGUUCCCGACAACUACUACGAUGCGGCGGCGGUAGACGGAGCGAACGGCAUACAGCAAUUCCGCCACAUCACGCUGCCGAUGUUGUCGCCUGCGCUGCUGUUCACCUUCAUCAUGGGCAUCAUCUAUUCGUUCCAGGUGUUCCUGCAGGCGUACGUGAUGACCCAGGGCGGGCCGUUGAACUCGACGCUGUUCUACGUGUUGUACCUGUACCGCCACGGUUUCGUCUGGCUGAACAUGGGAUACGCAUCGGCCCUCGCGUGGGUGCUCUUCUUCAUCAUCCUGGCGCUGACGCUGACCGUGUUCAAGUCGUCACCGUUCUGGGUCUACUACGAGUCGAAGAAGGGCAAGACGAUAUGA